CCACAGCAUCCUUGUCCUUAAUCCAGUAUGGCAUCUGCUGUUUUUAUAUUGGAUCUCAAAGGAAAAGUCCUCAUCUCCAGAAAUUAUCGAGGAGAUGUGCCCAUGAGCGCAGUGGAGAAGUUUAUGCCAUUGGUCAGCGAAGCCGAAGAUGAACAAGUUCCACUGCCAUGUUUCACCCAUGAGGGCAUCAACUAUCUGUAUAUCAAACACAACAACCUUUACCUGCUGGCAGUAACGCGCAAAAAUACGAACGCAACAAGUAUUAUGUUAUUCUUGCAUAGACUGACAGAAGUGUUUGCCGAUUAUUUCAAAGAGUUGGAAGAAGAAUCAAUUCGCGAUAACUUUGUCAUUGUUUACGAGCUUAUGGACGAGAUGAUGGAUUUCGGAUAUCCUCAAACGACCGAAACAAAGAUUCUUCAAGAGUAUAUUACACAAGAUGCCUACAAGCUGGAAACUCAAGUUCGUCCGCCUAUGGCUGUUACGAAUGCUGUAUCAUGGCGUUCUGAGGGUAUUAAAUACAAAAAGAAUGAGAUCUUUUUGGAUGUCAUUGAAAGUGUCAACCUUUUGGUCAAUUCUAAUGGUAAUGUCUUGCGAAGUGAAGUUCUCGGAAGCGUUAAGAUGAGAUGCUAUCUGUCAGGAAUGCCUGAACUUAGACUUGGGCUCAACGAUAAGGUUAUGUUCGAGGCAACCGGUCGAGCUUCUGCAAGCUCUUCAAAGGCAAUUGAAAUGGAAGAUGUCAAGUUCCAUCAGUGUGUGCGCCUUUCUCGCUUUGAAAACGACCGAACCAUUAGUUUCAUUCCACCAGAUGGUGAUUUUGAGCUGAUGAGCUACCGUCUUCAGUCUUCGGCCAAGCCACUCAUUUGGGUUGAGGCUGUUGUUGAGAAUUAUGCCGGCUCUAGAGUUGAAUAUAUGGUGAAGGCAAAGGCUCAGUUUAAGCGAAAAAGCUCAGCAAACAAUGUAGAAAUUGCCAUCCCGGUGCCUGACGAUGCGGACUCUCCAAAGUUCAAGUGCUCUAGCGGUUCAGUUUCAUACAAGCCUGAAAAAUCUUGUCUUAUUUGGAAAAUUAAGCAAUUCCAAGGUGGAAAGGAAUUUAUAAUGAGAGCUCACUUUGGUCUUCCUUCAGUGCAAGCAGCGGAAGAAACUGAAAAGAAGCCCCCGAUCAACAUUUCCUUUGAGAUCCCAUAUUUUACUGUUUCCGGUAUUCAGGUCCGGUAUCUCAAGAUUGUUGAGAAGAGUGGAUAUCAGGCCCUUCCCUGGGUGCGAUACAUCACACAAAAUGGAGAUUAUCAAAUGCGUAUGCCAGAGAGCAUCAAGAGCGGCAAGCAAACAGCCGGAUACUAAACCAGCUAUCCAUCAUUAUUUGAUUUGAUUGUCUUAACAGAGAAUACCACCCGUUUUCGAUUUCCAUAGAAUCGCCAUCUCCUCUACAUGAGAUC